UCACUUCUCAAAUGGCUUCCCCUAACUUUUUUUACAUAAUUUCUAUUCUCUUUCUUCAACUUGUUUUAGUCUUUGGAAAUGUUACUCUGAGUUCUACUCUCUCUACCAACAACAACAAUUCAUGGCUAUCACCUUCUGGUGAAUUUGCUUUUGGAUUUCGUCAACUUAAUAAAAACAACACAAACUUCUUCAUGCUUGCAAUAUGGUACAACAAAAUAUCCGACAAAACCAUUGUUUGGACUGCCCAAAACGACAACAACCUCGUACAAGCACCGAAAGGGUCACAAAUUCAAUUAACAUCAGGUGGACUCACGUUAACAACUUCACAAGGUGAUUCCCUUUGGACAGCACAACCAAACAAUGCUGUUUCCUAUGGCACCAUGCUUGAUACUGGUAACUUUGUUCUUGUUAACAAAACUUCUACUUUUGUUUGGGAAAGUUUCAAUUUUCCCACUGAUACCUUGUUACCUAAGCAAUCUCUUGAUUUGAGUGGUACCUUGACUUCUAGAUUCUCAGAAACCAAUUUUUCAAGUGGAAGGUUCCAACUUUAUUUCAAUGGUGAUAAUAUUUUGAUGAGUCCACUUGCAUGGCCUACUCAACUACGUUACGAUUCUUAUUAUAGUAGUAAUGUUCCUGAAAACUAUAAUUCUUCAAGUUUAGUCUUUGAUGAAUUAGGUGAUAUUUAUGUGGAAACAAAUAAUAUCAAUGGGACUAGAGUGAAACCUCCAGGGAAAAACUGGGGUGAUUUAGUUCUUGAUUCUAAGUUGUAUUAUUAUAGAGCAACACUUGAUUAUUAUGGAGUUUUUACACAAUAUUCUCAUCCAAGGGAUAUUAAUGCAAAACAAGGAUGGAGUAUUAUGAGGUAUGUUCCUGAUGACAUUUGCAUUGAUAUACGCAGUGAUUUUGGUAGUGGUACUUGUGGUUAUAAUAGUUAUUGUUCUAUAGAAAAUCAGAGGCCUAGUUGUAAAUGUCCUUAUGGAUAUUCACUGACAGAUCAAAGUAAUCAAUUUGGUGGGUGUCAAUUAAAUUUCCCACUUGGUUGUGAAGUUGAUAAUGGUGAAGUAUUGAAUGUGAAACCAGAAGAAGUGUAUGAGUACAGUGUUGUUGAAGGUGUGGAUUGGCCUUUAUCAGAUUAUGAAAGGUUGCAGCCUUAUUCUCAAUAAGAUUGUCAACAAUCUUGUUUGCAUGAUUGUAU